AUGGCAACACACGCAACCGCUGACAAGCCCGUCCUCUACGCCUACUUCCGCUCCUCGUGCUCGUGGCGCGUCAGGAUCGCACUCAACCUCAAGAAAAUUGACUAUGAAGUCCAUCCCAUCAAUCUCCUCAAGGGCGAGCAGAAAUCGGAAGAGUAUCUCAAGAUCCAGCCUUUCGGAUUCGUCCCCGCCUACAUCGAUAACAAGACCGGCCAGACCCUGAUCCAGUCCGUCAGCAUCCUCGAGUACAUCGACGAGACCCAGCCUGGACACGCUUUGCUUCCCAAGGAUCCUCUUGAGCGCGCAACGGUCCGCGCAUUGGUGCAGGCAGUGGCAUCAGACAUUCAGCCCCUCACCAACCUCCGCAUCCUCAACUACGUCGGCGACGAAAAGAAGGUCGAGUGGGCCAAACACUUUUUUGCCGAGGGCUUCAAAGCGUUGGAGAUCAUGCUUCAGAAGACGGCUGGCGUUUACUCUUUUGGUGAUUCGAUCACCAUGGCCGAUUUGGCCCUCGUCCCCCAGGUCUACAACGGUGUCCGCUUUGGCGUUGACAUGUCAGCCUUCCCAAUCAUCUCGCGCAUCAAUGCCACUUUGAGCGACCUGCCCGAGUUCAAGGCCGCCCAUCCCUCCCAGCAGAUUGACUGCCCUGCUGACCUUCGUUAA